CGUUGUGUGCGGUGAACGCUUCAUUUUGAGUUUGACAUGGAACGCUUCAUUCCAUUCCAUAAUGUUAUUGCAUUGUUAUCGCAAACACAAAAACCAGAGACAACAACCACCAUAACCUUUCACGUUCGUCUCUCGUCUCAACAAGAAGAAGAUGACGGUGGUAGACAUCCUGUUCCGGGUGGACUCCAUAUGCAGCAAAUACGACAAAUACGACCUCGACAAGCAGCGGGAACUCAAUGCCUACGGUGAUGACGCCUUCGCUCGCCUCUACGCCACCGUUGAUUCCACCAUCGAAGCCGCCCUCAAGAAAUCGGAUGCUGCCUUGGCGGAGAACAACAGAGCAGCUGCUGCUGCUAUGAAUGCGGAGGUUCGACGCGCAAAGGGUAGACUCAUGGACGAGAUUCCCAAGCUCCGCAAAUUGGCCAAGAAGAAGGUUAAAGGUUUGACAGACGAAGAUUUAGCGAUCCGUGAGGAUCUUGUAUUGGCAUUGCCAGAAAGAAUUCAAGCAAUUCCCGAUGGUAUUACCACUGUCAAUCAAACAGGAGGAGGAUGGACAUCGCAGCCCAACAUCAAGUUUGAUUCAGACGUGCAUCACGGCACUGAUUAUUUCGACCAAACUGAAGAAUCCAGUCAGUUCAGAAAUGAGUAUGAAAUGCGCAGGAUCAAACAGGAUGAAGGUCUUGACUUCAUAUCGGAGGGAUUGGAUACUUUGAAAAAUCUAGCUCAUGACAUGAGUGAGUGUCUUGAUGGCCUGAUCAUACAGGUCAAUAGGGCAACAGCUGAUGUGAGAAACACUAACAAAAGAUUGAAGCAAAGUCUCACUGAGAUGAGGUCUACUCAAAAUUUCUUCAUUGACAUCAUUCUGCUCUGUAUUCUUCUCAGCAUUGUUCUCUAUAUAUACAAUCAACUGAGGUGAUAUGAUCUAAAACUCUUUUCGCUUUGUUGUACCCGUUGUAUCAUGGCUUCACAUUACAUUAUCAUUCACCUGCUGGAGGAUGUCAACACUAUAUAUUUUAUGUAAUUGUUUGAUGUAUUAUUUUGUCAUAUCUGAUAUGUCAUAACCCCCAACACACACACAACAACAUAAAAAGGAGUAAGCUAACCGUUGUUUAUUGUGGUUGAUCAGCGAGGAAGUUCUUGCCAUGGAAGGGGUAUUAUUCUUACAUAACAGUUACCAACAAGCUUUGUACUUAUAUAUAUGAUUUGAGAUAAGAUGCAACUAUUUUGUGGGAAGAAUAU